UUGACAGCUUAGGUGAUUAGACGAAACAGGUUAUCCAGGAAGGGCUCUUUUGGGCCCACAUGUUAAGCUUUCCUCAUUCCAGGGUUCCCAGCAUAGUCUCAGAUCAAUCUUCCAUGUCUGCAAAGGCUCAAAAUGAAGCAGACACUGAUGAGUCAGAUGUGUUGUCUCACCCUAGCUCAUCAACCCCAUACCAUAGGCCGAGCCACGGUGGAGUUCACCACCAUCACCAAGGUGCAUCCCGUCACCAUGGUGAGUCCCACCAUCAUGGCUUAUCCCAUCAUCGUGGUGGACCUCACCACCCUGAUGAAUUCCAAGACUUCCAUGGCAAUGUCUUCUCCCGCCAUGCCCACCGCUCCUAUCACUCCCCCAAUCAUGGUGAGUCCCACCAUCAUGGUGUAGACCACGGCUCCACAUCCCUUUCCCAGGAUCCUUCCCGUGACACUCUCAUCUCCCACCAAUCCUAUGGUGAGGACCACUUUGACAAUGAGCAUCACCAUGGUAGCAGGAAACACCAUGGGAGGUCCCGCCAACACAGGGAGCCCAGCCACCAUGGUGGGUUUCAUCACCACGCUGAGGUUCCCGACUAUAAUGGGCUCCAUCGCCAAAGUGAGGCUUACCACCAUAAGGACUCCACCCAAUCUAGUAGCCGCUCCCACCUCAGUGAGGCCUAUCAUCAUGGUGGGCACCACCACAGAAGGCCUACCUCCAUGAUGUCCUACCACCAUGGCCCACCUCACCACGGUGAACACCACCACAGGGAGCACCAGCUCAGGGAGCACCAGCACGGUGCACAUCCUCAUGAUUACCCCCACCGAGAUCAGCACCAUGGGGAGUACCGUCAUGGAAGCUCCCAACUCUUUGGCUCAUACACACCCCACACCGUGACCUUAGGCUCCCUCAGCUCUGCCUAUUCUCGUCCAGCGGUCUUCCAGCCCAGCAAGCCAGACCGAAAGAGCUCAGCCUUCAGCUUGGCUCGUUCCCUUAGUACAGUGAACUCACACCCCUCCGAGACCUCCAACAAAGUCUAUCCUCAGGACUCCUCCUCCAAAACCUCGGAAAGCUGCCCUGAAGAAGACGAGCACGUUCAGAAGCGCAAAGUUGGCCGAGCCCCACGGACCCACAAGAAGGUGCACUCUUCGGACUUCUUGUAUUGGUUGUGGGAAAAAUUAAGCCAGCUCAUUUGGGGUCUUCGGAGAAUGCUCAGGAAACUGGUUGACUCCCUGGCCUUUGAAACCUUCAUCAUCUUCAUCGUCUGCCUCAACACCAUCUUGCUUGUGGCUCAGACCUUCGCUGAAGUCGAGGUCCGGGGCGAGUGGUACUUCACGGCCUUGGACUACAUCUUCCUCUCCAUCUACAUGGUGGAAGCUGUGCUCAAAAUCAUUGCUCUGGGCCUCGCGUAUUUUUUGGACCCCUGGAACAACCUGGAUUUCUUAAUCAUGGUCAUGGGUAUGCUGGACUUCGUGCUCAUACAGGUCAACUCGUCCUCCACACGCGCAAUCCACAACCAAAGCGUCUUCCGCAUCUUCAGGGUCUUUAAGACCCUGCGAGCCUUGCGGGCGAUCCGAGUCCUUCGGAGGCUCAGAUUCCUGACCAACCUCCAGGAAGUGACCGGGACCCUGGCCCGGUCCUUGCCGUCCAUCACCGCCAUCCUCAUCCUCAUGUUUACCUGCCUCUUCCUGUUCUCUGUGGUGCUCCGGGCACUGUUCCGCUACUCUGACCCCAAACGCUUCCAGAACAUCUUCACCACCAUCUUCACGCUCUUCACCAUGCUCACCCUGGACGACUGGUCCCUCAUCUACCUGGACAGCCGGGCCCAGGGCGCCUGGUACAUCAUCCCCAUUCUCAUGAUCUAUAUCAUCAUCCAGUACUUCAUCUUCCUCAACCUGGUGAUUGCUGUCCUGGUGGAUAACUUCCAGAUGGCACUGCUCAAAGGCCUGGAGAAAGAGAAGCAGGAGAAGGCAGCUGAGCUCCAUGAAAAGCUGCUGGAUGACUCAGUGACGAAGCUCAUGGAAGCAGAGCCUAAAGAGGUGCUAAGUGAACACACUAUACAGAAGCAGCUCAUUGAGAAAAAGUUUGGAGCCAUGACUGAGAAGCAGCUGGAGACCCUGUUCCACUUCCUGCAGCUGGUGGCUGGCGUGGAGCAUUACCAGCUGAAGUUCCGCUCCCAGGCUGCUGUCAUCGAUGAGAUUGUGGACACCACAUUCGAGGCUGGAGAAGAGGACUUCAGGAAGUGACCCCCGGAGAGGCAGCCUGGGUCCAGACUUCAGCCUCUGGCUGGCUGUCCACCAAUUCCAGCCAAGUCCCCAUAUCCGCUGGAAAGAUCACUGGGCCUGCGGGGGUGGGGGGAGGUGGCCAACAGAGUUUUAAAACCCCA